UUAUGAGACGUCUUCAAAAAACCUAUAAAACACCUCUUUAAAUUUCACCAUCCCUUAAGCGAGAACCUCUCGAUUCUUGUCAUCUCCAGCACUUCUGAAAACACUCAGACAACAAUGCAUUUCUCGACACUCUUCGUGGCUCUCACCACAGUGGCCUGUAGCCUCGCAGUUGUCGCCAAUCCGACGUCAGUUCAGAGCACCUCUCUCACGUCCCGCGCCGACUGUGGUACCAUCAAUGGGAACUGCUACGAUAACGGCUGCGACGGGGAUAAAUCCUCUGACGGCCUGCACUGCAUUUCCGGGCAAUAUGCUGGAUGUCCCUGUGGGUAUGGAUGCAACAAGAACUAUGUUGGCCCUUGUGAUGCGUUUGGGUGUGAUGGGGUGGGGAAUGUGUGUACGGGGACCUACAGAGGAUGUUCUUGUGUUGACGUUUAAGAUCGUUGAAUCUGAGUUUUUGGACCGACACCUGAAUUUAUUUCGCCUUGCUAUAGGAACUUAAAUUCAGUACUAUUUCAUUCAUGAUGUUAUGAAGAAAGCUCACGUUUGAUAUACGGAAAUCAAACGUUUUUCAUUCACCUUAUAAUCCAUUGUUGAGUUUAUGAAGUUUAGAACUUGAAUCAACAAAGCAUGUCGGCGACAA